GGUGCACCGCUGAGCGCUCCGCUUUCCCCCAAUUAAAGUACUUUUCCUACAAACAAACAGAAGAUGGCUCUGCGAGCUUGUGGGUUCAUAGUGUUUCGCCGCCUUGUUGGCAGCGUGCCACCACCAGGCAAUGUGGAGUAUCUCCUCCUGCAGACUUCUUAUGGGCAGCACCACUGGACGCCACCCAAAGGUCAUGUGGACCCAGGUGAGGACGACCUAACUACUGCCCUGAGAGAAACCAAAGAAGAGGCGGGGCUAGGGGCGGAGCAUCUGCAAGUGCUAAACGGUUUUGUGAAGAAGCUGCAGUAUGAGGUUCGCGGCAGACCCAAAGAGGUGCUGUACUGGCUGGCCGAGCUGAAAGACCCGGGGACGGCGGUGAUGUUGUCCGACGAGCACCAAGACUAUCGCUGGGCCCCGCUGGAGGAGGCCUGCGCCCUGGCCCAGUACAAAGACCUGCAGGACACCCUGAGAGCAGCUCACAGACACCUAGAGGUCCAGCAGGACUGACAGCGAUGUGUCAGAAAGUAGACUUAAAAAGACACUAAAUAAUGAAAAAUACUGCCUCACAUUCACCGUGCAACGAAGGCGAACAGAUGGUUUU